AUGGCAUACAAAGUAAAAGAGUUUGGAACAGAAUACACAGCAGAUUACGCGGCGUACAUAACACUGGACGACAAGGUUAUUUCUCCCUUCCACGACAUUCCUGCCUCGUGCGACGAUUUCAAGCUGGUGAAUGUAGUGAACGAAAUCCCUAGAUUCAGCAACGCAAAGAAGGAAAUCAAUAAAGAGCUUGAGUACAACCCAAUCAAGCAGGAUGUAAAAAAUGGAAGCGUGCGAUUUGUCAAGAACAUGUACCCAAUGAAAGGAUACAUCUGGAACUACGGAGCCAUUCCGCAGACAUGGGAGAGCACAGAAGUGCAGGACACAAGGACAAAAAUCAAGGGAGACAACGACCCCAUUGAUGCAAUAGAGAUAGGAGACAGGAUCAUUGGAUCAGGCGAGGUAUACAAGGCCAAAGUGCUCGGUGCUAUCGCCAUGAUAGAUGGAGGAGAGUGCGACUGGAAGGUGCUGGUGAUAAACACAGAAGAUGAGCUCUUUGGAAAGAUGAACUCGCUGGAGGAUGUGGAAAAGUACAAGCCUGGGCUGCUGUCAGUGACCAGAGAGUGGUUCAGAAACUACAAAGUUGCGGAUAAAGAGGGAAACUCGGGAAGUAAAAACGAGUUUGCGAAUGAAGAGCAGUACUUCACAGCCGAAGAAGCCAUUGAGAUCAUUAAGGAAACGAACGAGCACUGGAAAGGCCUGAUCAAGAAAGAAAAGCACACGGGAAUAUCUCUGGUUAAUGCAACACAGACAGACACGCCUGGGUAUUCUACAGAGGUUUUUACGCCAAGUGGAUCUGAGCACGCAGAAGGCCAAGAGCCAUCAAGCACAGGAAAAUUCUACUUUAUAAACUAG